AUGGAUUUAAACGAUAGUAGUCAUCGUCUUAAUAGAAAAAGAAUAAAAACAACAGAUGAGGAUGAGGAGGAUGAAGCUGAUUAUAAAAAAAAGCCAAGUAUUGGUUUUAAGAUUUUAGAAAAAAUGAAUUUUGAAGGAAAAGGUUUAGGAAAAUUCGGACAAGGUGUAACAGAUGAUAUAGAAGUUCAGAAUCCCAUUGGACGUAGAGGUCUAGGUCAUCAAAUACAUUCUCGUAUUGAAAUAGAUUUUAAUGAAUCUGAAGAAGUUAAAACAAUUGAAGAAACUCCAGAGUGGUGUUCAAAAUGUGAUAAUGCAUUUGAAAAAACAAAUUUAAUUGAUGAUUCAUGGAUUAUUAUUGAUAAACCUAAAGAGAAAAUUGAAGAUGAAACUAGAUAUUGUUCCUCAGAAACAUUAUUAAAAAUGCUUGAAGGAAAAAAUGUUUUUGAUCAUAUGAGUGAUAGAGAUUUAAAUUUUGCCAGACUAAGGGCAAAUCCAUAUGAAAAUGUUAAAGGAGCUUUUUUUCAAAAUAGAGCUGCUAUGAAAAUGGCUAAUUUAGAUAAAAUUUAUGGUUGGUUAUUAAGUGGUGAAACAGUUAAGGAAGAAAGAUUGAGUAAAAAUCCUUUAGAUCUAGAAAUUGAUGAAUUACAUCGCAAAAAUAAUGAUAGAGAAAAACCUUUAUUUUAUUUUGCAGAUGUUUGUGCUGGACCUGGUGGUUUUACAGAAUAUCUUUUAUGGAGAAAAAGUUUUUAUAAUGCGAAAGGUUUUGGAUUUACUUUAAUUGGUGACUGUGAUUUUAAUUUAAAUAAAUUUACUGCUGCUUCACCAAUGUACUUUCAUCCAUUUUAUGGUGUUGAAAGAGAUGGUGAUGUUAUGAAUCCAGAUAAUUUAGUUUCUCUUCAACAAUUUGUUGGAGAAGGAACUAAUGGUGAUUUUUGUGAUUUAGUUAUGUGUGAUGGUGGAUUUAAUGUUUCAGGAAAAGAAAAUAUUCAAGAAAUUUUAUCAAAACGUUUAUAUUUAUGUCAAUUUAUUGCAGGAUUAUCUCUUUGUCGUCAAAGUACUGAAAAUACAAAAGGUGGUAAUUAUGUUUCAUUUGAAAAUAUUUCUCUUCAUAAAUGUCAUACUAGUCGCCCUGCAAAUUCUGAAAGAUAUAUUGUUUGCAAAAAUCUCAAACCAUGGGGUGGUACAAUUAUUAAAGAUUAUUUAAUGAGUAUAAAUAAAAAAUUAAAUGAUUUUGAAAGGAAAGGUUUAAGUAAUGUAAAAGAUAUACUUGAAAUUGUUCCAGAAGAAGUAAUUUAUAAUGAUGAACAAUUUUAUAAUUAUAUUGUAAAUCAUAAUGAAAACGUUGCACAACGUCAAACUUUUUACUUAAAUAAAUAUGCUAAAUAUGCUCAAAAUUCUACUAAACGUGAUAAAGAUCAAGAAACUAUUAGAAAUGAGUGUCUUCAGUAUUGGGAAAUUCCAAAAAGACCAAAAAUAGUUAUUAAUAAUCAUAAUAAUCCUGGUAAAUCAUAUAAUGAUUGUUGUGAAUAUAUGAUAAAAUUAUUACAUAGUAAUACAUUUUGCCCAACAAAUAUUGAAAAACUUCCUAAAUCUGUAGAGGAUACAUUUUUCAAGGUGGCGAGUCAUGAAGCUAAAAGGAGGAGAAUGGAAGAAAUUAGAUUCAAUUUUACUCCCAUUCUAUCAGAAAGGGGAAUUCUUUCAUCAUCCAGAGAUGGUGUUUUUAGAUUAUUGAGUUCUGGAAAAUUUGUAAAAAUUGCAGAACUUAAUCAUAUAAUACCAUUUGAUAGUUUCGUUUACUAUGAAAAAACACCACUUUUUAAAAAAGCACAUGGAAGAAUGAUAGAAGCUUAUUCUUCUGUUGAUACUUCUUAUAGAAUUAUUGAUGCUGCCAUAAUUAGUGGUGAUUAUAUUGCUGAUGAGCCUUAUGAUAAAAGAAUGGCUUCAAUAAAAAAGAUGUGUCAGGCAGUGUCAAAGUCAAAAGGUGAAUCAAAGAGAAGUAAUGAAAAUAUGAGUAGAAGAGAAAAAGAAUUAAAUGAAAAAAUAUCAAAUAAUAAAAAUAGCAAAAGUCGUUUUCCUAAAAAACCACCUACACCUUUAGAUAAUGAGGAUACAAUUUUAGCAUCCGAUUUGUAUAAGAUAUCCGAUAUUGAUAAUAUACUUAAUAAUAUUGAGAUACAUUGUUAUAAUCAAAAAUACAUGGCAUUUUUGAAGAUAGAAAAUGAUUUUUAUAUACCUAUAUCAGGUUUGAGGUUUUUUAACAUCUUAAAGAAGUACAAUCAAUGGUACUAUAGUGAAAGUAACAAAAAUUUGUAUAUGGUUAAUUUUGAAAAAAAACAAACGUAUCUCGAAGGGCAUGUAGCAAAUAAUCCAAAAAUUUUUUAUAAUUCUUUUUAUGAUAUGUUUUUAAUGGAAUCAAAAAAUUUUGCUAAUGUUUUCUCAUGGCAAUGGUCAAUUAAUAAUAAUACUUCAAUAAAAACUUUGAUUGAAAAUGACUGUGUUUUAAAGUCAUAUUUCAACUUUAAUUCCCUUUCAGAUGAAUAA